AUAUAUUUCACUUUAGUCUAUCAUCUUAAAUGGUAGAUUGUUAUUGCAUCUAAGAGCUCAAGUCAAUAAAUAAGACAUAAUCCUAAUUUAUAUUCUUCAUAAUCACAAAUAAAAUACUAUUAAAUUGUCCAGUUGAGCUUGGUUUGAGUACCUGGACCAGCAGAGGGGUGAGCCAGAGUCCCUUUCUGUGCAAUGAUCAGGGGGGCAUUUUGGGCAAUCCGGCACCAAAUAUCUUUGCCCUGUAUAAAUAGCUCACCAUGGAGGAGCUCAACCCACCACAACCUUCUUCCUAGUCCAGCAUACAAGCCCUGUGCAGGUUUGAGCACUCGGUUGCUUCCACAGACUGCCACCUGUUUAUGCUGGCAGAACGUCUUUGGUGCUGUGUCCUGCAUUUGUUCUCUCUCUUUCUCUCACUCUCUUAGAAGUGCUUGCAACCUUGCACUCAUCUGCACCAGCUUCCAGUUGCGGGAAUGGAUAGGGUGAGGAGGUUGGCGUCGCAGAGGGCGGUGGUGGUGUUCAGCCUGAGCUCCUGCUGCAUGUGCCACACCAUCAAGCGGCUCUUCUGCGAGCUGGGUGUGAACCCGGCCGUCCACGAGCUGGACGAGGACCCCAAGGGGAAGGACAUGGAGCGAGCGCUGGCCAACAUGCUGGGCCGCAGCCCCCCCGUGCCCGCCGUGUUCAUCGGCGGCAACCUCGUUGGCCCGACCGACGAGGUCAUGGCACUCCACCUCGGCGGCAAGCUCGUGCCGCUGCUCCGCAACGCCGGAGCACUCUGGCUCUGACACCCUCCACGACCUCCUCCUCCUCCUGUCUCACUAUAAUACGUGCACUACGACGUCAUGUUUUGGCUGCUGUCUUCUUUAACCUGUGCGGGGUUAAGAUGUACAUUGUAUCAGUUGCUGCUGCAACUACAAACAUGUCAAUACUAUGUCUUCCAUGGUGUUCGAAUCAUGGCGGCACAGACCCUGUUUGAGAAGGCAACACUUACAGUGUCA